AUGCGGCAGGUCAAUACAGAACAACUGAAGCUGUGGUUGGAGGACAGCAAAUCGGCAGAGGGCCGGCGGCGGCUGCUCGCUGAUGGCGGCGUUGCUGCUGCGGCUCGCGGCUUGCUGCUCGCAUUCGUGGCGUGGCACGAGCAGUGCGGCGCCGCGCCGGCUGCAGAGCAGCUGCUGCUCUCGCUGCGCCUCCUGCGCAACGCGUGCGCCGCGGGCGCGCCCGGCGCUGCCUGCCUGAUGCGGGGCGGGCUGCAGUGCGUCGUCCCUGCCGUCGCCGCAGACCUGUCCGCGCGCCUGUCCUCCCGCGCCGUCUCCUCCCCGGCGCGCGGGGACGAGCGGCAGCUGCUGCUGGCGGCCGUGCAGCUGCUCGCCAACUUCUCGGUGGCUUCCGAGGCGGCGGCGCGCGCGAUCUGGCGGGAGUGCUUCCCGGCGGUCUACGAGCAGCUGACCGCCACUGACGACGUGGACAUCCAAGCGGCAGCCACGCUGUCUAUGCUGUCGGCCUGCAAGGCCUCCCCGGCCGCUGCCGCGCAGCUCGCGGCGCCGGCCGGUGCCGGCGUCUGGCGGCGGCUGCUGGCGGCCCUAGUGGACACCGGCGAGAGCGGCGCCGAUGAGGGCGGCGGCGGCGACGAUGGCGCGCAGGGGGCGCCAGGCAAGGUCGAGGAGUCGAGGGCGGUGCGCGGCGGCGGCCGCGGCGCGAACGACUGCCUUGGGCUGCUGGCUAAGGCGGUGGCUCUGCAGCAUGGGCUGCUCUCCCAGCUGAUGCGCUCCCUCGAGGCGCCGCUGGCAGGAGAAAACAGGGCGGCCUCGGAAGCGGCCGCGGCGGCGGACGCGGCGGGAGGGCGGGCGGAAGGCUACACGCGCAGCUGGCGUUGGAACGGCGCGCACGUCGCCGUGCUGCAUCUAUUGGCACACGAAGUGCAGCGGGCGCCCGCUGCCGAUGCCGCGGCAUCCGACGCCGGCGGCGCCUGCAACGGCGCCGCGGCGGCCACGCGGUGGCCGCGAUGUGCGCUGCGGCUCGUGCGCGCGGCGGCGGACGACGUGCGCCGCGCGCAAGCGGGGCUGGGCGGCGCCGGGGGGCUGGCCGCGGCGGCGGCGGCGACGCACGCGUUGGAAGCUGCGAUGCAGCUGAUGCGGGCGGUGGCGCAGCGGGAGGACGGCGGCGCGCCGCUCUGCGGCGGCGCGGACGCCGUGGCUUUGAUGGGAGGAUUUGAGGAGGUCAGUGAAGAUGGAGAGCAGGGGCAGCAGCAGGUGGGACCAGAGCAGGAGCAGCAACAGGAGCAGGAGCAAGAAGCGCAGGAGGAGGGGGAGCAUGCCGCAGUAGCAGAGAAGAAGGAGCAGCAGCAGCAGGAGCAAGCGCACGAGCAGCAGGGCCAGCAGCAGGCGGAGCAGGAGCAGCAGCAACAGCAACAGCAAGAGGAGCAGCAGAAGCAGCAGCAGGAACAGGAACAGGAACAGGAGAAGGCCCGCGAGGGAGAGGCCGCAAGCCCGGCGGCCGUCCGCGCCGCCCCUGAGCAAGAGCAGGACGCCGAGGGGCAUGAGCAGGGGCGGGAGCAGGGCGCUUGCGCCCUGGUGGACUCGAUGCUCGGCCUGCUAGCCGCCCUCGGCCCGCCCAUCAACCCGCGGCGCCCCGACGCGUCGGAGCACGCCCGGCUGCGCGGCGAGCAUCUCCGCCUGCUCGCGCCGCGCGCCGCCGCGCUGCGCGCCGCGGCGGGCGCGCCGGCGGCGGCGCCGUACCCGGGCUACCGCGCCGACGUCAUCUGCGUGCUGUCAAACGCGCUGCACGGCCGCCCCGCGGCGCAGCGCGCGGCCGCCGCCGGCGGCGCGGCGGAGCUGCUGCUCUCCAGCACGCAGCUGGAUGAGGCGGCCCCCGUCGCGCGCGAGUGGGCGCUGUGGGGCGUCCGCAACCUGUGCGCGGGGGGCGGCGGGGAGGAGGCGCGCGCGCGGAUGGCGGCGCUGCAGCUGCAGGACGUCGCGGCGGCGCCCGAGCUAGAGAGGAUGGGGCUGCAGGUGAAGGUCGAUGCAAGGGGCAAGCUCAGCGUGGCGCCGCAGCGUGCGUAG